UACAGCUCCAAGCCAUGUGGCUUGUCGAUCCCCCAGCAAGCGGAGCCGUUGCAUCGCAUCGCGGCUCCAGAGCUCGCGGCACGGCCGAGCUUUGAAGAAACGACGACGAUUUCCACAUUGCUAAACGAUACCGCGCUACUCCUCGACACAAUUCUCGAACACGAAGACCAGAAAUUGUACCAUACGCAAACGACAACCCGCUCGAAGAAACAACUACCUAGGUGAUACGAACUCGGGGCACACGAAGCAGCACAACAACCACGACACCGCUCCGUCACCGCAACCCACCCACCUACCACAACCAUGCCUUCCGAACAAGAACUCCAAAUAUCCCCCAUCGUGCAAGAGUCCCUAGUACACAACUCACGGACACUCUACAACCUCCAAUCCCUAACCGCCUCCCUCUUCGGCGUGUCGGCGGGCAUCCUCGGGCUGGAAUCGUACUCUGGGUUCGUCUUCUACGUGGCGCUGUCGCUGGUGACGGCGGUGCUGUUCUACGCGCUGCGCGUGGCGCCGACGUCGCUGGCCUCGGGCAAGCCGCCGCUCGACACGAGCCGCUACUUCCGCGGCGCGUACGACUUCUGGGCCGGCGGGCUGAUGAACGGCUUCGCGGGGUUCGUGUUGACGUGGACGCUGUUUUAUGGGCUGGUGACGGCUUGAUGGGGUUGGGGA